CGGCCGCGCUUUGCGGCGGGCCGUUGCCGCGGUAACGCGGUUGGGCCGGGCGCGGGCGGCGGCCGCGGUGCCUCCAUCCCGGUGCUGUUCCCGCAUCCCGGCCCGCUCCCUGCCGCAGGGCCCGGGCCCUCCCGCCGCCGCCAUGGACAAGUACCAGGUGCUGGGGCUGGUGGGGGAAGGCAGCUACGGCAUGGUGACCAAGUGCAGGAACAGGGAGAGCGGGCAGAUCGUGGCCGUCAAGAAGUUCCUGGAGAGCGACGACGACGCGGCGGUGAGGAAGAUCGCCCUGAGGGAAAUCAAACUGCUCAAGCAACUGAGGCACGAGAAUCUGGUGAACCUGCUGGAUGUGUGCAAGAGGAAGAAGCGGUGGUACCUGGUGUUUGAGUUUGUGGAUCACACGGUGCUCGAUGACCUCAACGACUCUCCCAACGGGCUGGACUGCGAGAGGGUUCGGAAAUACUUGUUUCAGAUUAUGAGAGCAAUUGCCUUUUGUCACAGCCAUAACAUAAUCCAUCGGGAUAUUAAGCCAGAGAACAUACUGGUUUCCCAGUCAGGAGUUGUGAAACUCUGCGACUUCGGGUUUGCCCGGCCCUUGGCCGCUUCUGGGGAAGUUUACACGGACUACGUGGCGACGCGCUGGUACAGAGCCCCGGAGCUGCUGGUGGGGGACAGCAAAUACGGCAGGCCUGUGGACGUGUGGGCUGUUGGCUCCCUGAUAACAGAAAUGCUUACAGGAGAGGCCCUUUUCCCUGGAGACUCAGACAUUGACCAGCUCUACCAUAUCACCAAGUGCCUGGGUAACUUGAUUCCAAGACAACAGGAGUUAUUCUAUAAAAACCCCCUCUUUGCUGGCAUGAAGUUGCCCGAGGUGAAGGAGCUGGAAUCUCUGGAGAAGCGCUAUCCCAAGCUCCCUCGUGACAUGCUGGAUUUAGCCAGGGAGUGCUUGCAGAUCGACCCAGACAAGAGACCGUCCUGCGCCGAACUCCUGAAGGGCGAUUUCUUCAACAAGGACGGCUUUGCUGAAAGAUUUACUCAGGAGCUUAAACAAAUAAUCCAGAAAGAUGCCAGAGACCAUCAGUUCAAAAAAAAAUCUAAAAUCAGUAAAAGGGACAAAGAUGAUGCUUCAGAAGAAAGAAAAACCAUCAGCGUCCAGGAUUUCAGCAUAGGCCCAAGGAGCAAAGAUGGAAAGCUGAUAAAGACCAAGCCCUCUAAAGCUGAUGCAGAGAAAGCAGAUCGAUCCUCCAAGCUGAGCUUCCUCUACGACAACGCAAUGCACCCAUUUAAGUUCAGCCCUCAGACCAACCUGAAAGAUUCCAGCAGCAUCCUGGACUACGCCAAGAACCCGGGCACAUUCAUCCCUCCCAUCAACCAGAACUUCUCUCCUACAUUUGGGAUGGGCUCUGGGCCUGGGAGCCUUAAUUACAGACUUGAUGAAAAGAGUAAAAAAUACCUGAACCCCUUGCUAAAGGCACGGAAGCCUUCUCCAGUGGGGCGUUGCAGUGUCAGCCUGACACCGGUUACUAAUGAAAAACCCAUCCUUCAGGCAAGUAAGAAAAAAUUGGAAUUCCUCAAGACAAAUGUGCGUUUGCCAGAACUCAAUCACCUCCCCGAGCUGAGGGGAGCAGAAGCUCAGCAUCCCAGAUUUCUGAAAAAGGAAAAUAGAACGUUUGCAGAGUCCCGAGUCCCCUCCCUCGCUGCUAUCGACCUUCAUAACUCAAGUCUGCCUUCACAGCAGCUGUCAGGGACCUUGAUGCCGGAUGCAUCAGAAGCCAACUUCCCCAGGGUCGAGCACUAGCCCUGGGGAGAUGGUCACACCUGCCUGUGAAAGGUGACUGAACAGUGGGAGCAAUCCAUCUGAGUUUCCAGGGGCUAAAGCUGCCAGGUGUCUGCAGGGGAGAGGAGGAUCCCUUAAUCCUGUUGGUGCAGCAGACUGCCACGGAAGUGGCUCGGGUCCAGGCCAAGGAUGGAGCUUGCACUGCCAUUGCUGCUGGAUUUCUUGCAUGCAAAAAGCCCCUGGAAUGUUGACUUCUGGCUUAGGGCCAGGUCUUGUCUGAGAAGAGUAGUGGUCAUUGGUGUGUGACAAGGGCAGGAGCUGCUUUGGAGGACUCUGAAGGAAGCUGGGCUUUCUUUUGUCCAGCUGCUGCCCGCCUGAGGGGUUUGUUUUUCAGUGAAUCGUGACGAAAGCAGCUGUCAAAAUUCUCAUAUUUCAGUGGGCUGCCUGAUCUGGAUUGAAAAGCACCUUUGCCUUGACAGUGAAGAAAAGGUCUGUGCAAGACAUAGAAUAUCUAAAUGUGCAA